GCGUGCUCUGUAGUUGUAGCUUGAGCCCCUUCAGAAAGAAGCACACCAAGCUAACAAGCUAGGAAGAACCUCUCCCUUGCAUCCGACGAGCGAGUGACGGUGACUCCCCUCCAUCUCCGGCCAUCUUGCUAAUUCCUACCUAGCUUGGAUCGAUGUCCAUGGACGGCAAGACCCCUGAUCUGCUGCCUCUGAGCGCGGCCAAGAAGAAGAUCCGGGAUGCCGUCCCGCUGGCCUGCGGAUGGGCGCUCCUCGACGCCUUCGCCACGGUCUGCGGCGUAGCAAGCGGCUACAUUGCCGAGUACAUCCAUGUGUCGUGCAGCCAGUCCUCCUUCAUUCUGCCGUGCAUCGAGCUGACGGACGAGGAGGCCGCCAGGCUAAUCGCCCUCUGCGUCGGGAUUCUGUGCUGCCCCCCAUCCCAGGCGGCCGCGGUGGCGCUGGCGCUGCUGCUCCCAUGCCAGCGUCGCCGGGCCCGCCGGACCCUCGCCUACCUCGCGCUGGUGGUCACCGUCCUCUUCCAUUGCUUGUUCGCCAGCGCCGUCUGGGUCUUCCUCACCGCCGACCCAGGAUACAUCUUCGGCAGGAUCUACUUCACCGCGGGCUUCUGCUUCUUCGUGGUGGGCGACCUCCUCAGCUUCCGGGCCCUUCUGGGAGGUGAUGGGUGGGGCAUGAAGUACGUAGCCUAUUUCUUCUGAUCAUGUUCGUGGAUCAGCUCAUGAGGUACUACUGAUGAGAGCGUAGUUCUAGGGCGUACUCUAGAGUAUGCAUUGAUUCUGCUGUGACGACUGAUAUGGAGUAGUGCCAUAUUUGCGAAUCUAGUAACUGGUGUAGUGUUAAUUAGUAUCCAGAUCGACUCUAGUAGUAGUUACUCCAUUUGGGCAAUGCUUUGCUGGCUAGUAUAUAAUUAGACUGGAUGGAUUGGUAGAUUGCGGUUAUCUUUGCUGUAUUAUUCAACCCUCUAUGUAUGCAUGUGAUCGUCAGACAUGAGUUAUAUCUUAUAUAGGUCCAGCUUCGCUAUAA